AUGACAGCGUUCCUGCUUGGCACAUCAGACAACGCCAUCAUCGGGCUCUCUAUAGCCGCUGCUCAACGUGGCAAGCGCUACGUGUCAUACGCCCAUGUCAUACGCUUGCCGGACAGCACACACGGCACGCAUCAAGACAGCCCUUCACGACGACACUUGAUAGCGAGUGUUCUCCUGCUUGCUGCUGCCUCUCGACAAAACACGCGUGGCGUCUUGAGCUUGUUGAGAACCCCUCUGCGCCGUCAGCGUGCACGCUACACUGACGUGUGCCCCUUGAUCGGUGUGGGCUCGGGAAUGGCAAGCCGUGCUGGCACGAGGAGCACGAGCCAGCACCCAAUGUACCGUUCCAACGGAGCUGCAACGACUGAUCGAUCAUCUUACUCACCCGACUUGACCGUCCAGCCCGACACGCUGACGGGCACGACGAGCAGCGGGUCGGGCAUGCACCCUCCUGGCAGUACCAGCAUGGCUGCUCCCCAGCUGGCCAUCGCCGCUACCGCUUCCGGCAAGGAGAAAGGACCUCCUGCCUUUCUCAACAAGCUCUACACCAUGGUUGAGGACGAGAGCUGUGACGAUCUCAUCCGGUGGAGCCCUGGCGGUCUAUCGUUCAUAGGCAAAACAGUGACGGACCCAGAGGGAUUUGCAAAGCGGAUACUCAAGCUCUGGUUCAAGCACAACAACUUUGGUUCCUUCGUCCGUCAACUCAACACGUACAACUUUCACAAAGUACCGAGGAUCCAAGCCGGCGUUCUCGAGGCGACGCUCAAUGAACUGCCAGAGAUGCUCGAAUUUCGCAAUGACUACUUUCGGAGGGGACAGCCAGAGUUACUGAUGGAGAUCAAGCGAAAGAAAGCAUCGGCAGAGGAGAACAGCGCGAAUCCCCAACUCGAUCUGGCCAACAUCAUGAGAGAGUUGGCAGCGAUCAAGAGGCAUCAAUCCGAUAUUGCAGGCAAUCUCGAAUCGCUCCAGUCGUCCAACAAGACACUCUGGCAAGAAGCCAUCUCCUCACGCGAACGUCACAAACGUCAUCAGGAGACGAUCAACAAGAUCUUACGAUUUCUCGCUUCCGUCUUCGGAGGCAAAGUCCUGCCCGGACCUGACGAGUCCGAGCUCCGUCAUCUACCUGAUGAUGCCGCUAGCUCGAAGGAGCCCUCGCCUUUUACGCCCGCGUCGGAUAAGGCCUUUACGAGGCCGGUAGCACGUCAGAACGGUGUCAUACCGUCUCCGCAUGGCAAGAAACGAUUGCUGAUCGAACACCAACCGCUCGAUGUUGAUUCGGGCACGCCAGCCGGUCGAGCGGCAGAACUGAUAGAGGAGAUCGAUGACGAUGAAGCGGACACGCUGACGACGAUUGGUAGAAUUCACACUGCCAGUCAUUCUCCGCCCGACUUCAGCCAAUCUGCCACGCCUUCGCCUCACAUGUCCAACACAGAAAAGUUUGGCAGCAAUAACUCCCAGUUGGUACCUUAUCUCGGAAGCAGUAUGAAGAACCCUACACCGCAGGCAUUGAUCAGCCAGCUCAGUCCCGAUCUAGACGACGAUCUUACACAAAAGUAUCAAGCACACCAGUCCAAAUUGAACGAGGCCCACGAUGAUCACCAUGCUAUUUCUGCCCAGAUGGAUACACUCCAAGCUGCUCUGGACAGACUCGUCGGUAACCUGCCAUUGGACGACAAGAUGAUCGACGUCCUCAGUACGGCAAACGAGAAUGGUCUCAUCCAGUCUGAACUGCCGAGUCACUCUAUUGAGCCGUCUGCAGACUUUGACCUCGAUUCCUACUUGCGCCACUUCCCCACGACAGAUUCCGGGCAUGUUCAGCCUUUGCUCCAGAAUGACAAUGAUGACAACUUGGGCAGAUAUGUCGAUAUCGACACUCCCUCCGCUGACGAUGCUGGUCAACCUCUCGGAGAACCAGCGAGCAAGAAGAGGGUGCGCGAAGAGAGCGCUACGCCCGUUCGAACGAGUCCGAGGCGGAAGAGCUGA